AUGUCCGUUGCCUCAAAAUCGCACAGGGACGCGUUAAUUUAUAAUCUCACCAGUUUAUGUCUUCAUCGCAUUGACGAGGACGACAAAUUGUCGACGAAGGACCCCCUCAACUUUGGGGAAAGCCUCAAGAACCGCUUCUUGCAAGGACACGCGUACUAUGCCGAAGUGAAGCGCACGAAAACCCCAGCCCAUACUGGUGAUCCAACCGACUUUACUCUUCCACAAAACGACUUCAGUGGCGUGCAAUCCAAUUGGACCCUUCUCGCCUUCUCCAACAGCAGCAGACGCCAGAUAAUCGAUCGAACGCCAAACCCAAACCGCUGCAAUUGUGGUUUCAAGGACUUUGCACGCGAAGUUCAUGACAAACUUCACGCUGCAAUGGCGGAUUACUUCGUUCUGCCCGUGACAAGUGCAAAUGGACCAGCCCGCCGCCCUCAAGCUCAAUGGAGUGACUUUCGCGUGUCAGACUCGUCAACGAGUGGAUCCGAUUCCGAUGAGGACCUCGAUUAA